AUGUUAGAGCACCAACUGUACUUACUGGCAUCGGUCUUCGCCACUAGGAGAGAUGCGGAGCAUUUGAAGAGACUACUAAUACACUACGAAGCUCGACAGGAAUUGUAUGAUGCAGUAUGUGUUCUAUGGCCAGAAAUGGACGAUCCAGCUCAUCUGCGAUUCCUGUUUGAUUCCAAAUGUGAUGAGGAUCUCAACGGGCAGGAUCUGCUCGUUCAGUUGGUUGGAGCGGACGAUAACCUUAUUCCUAUAGUGGAGAUGGAUCACAAUACGAUUCUGGAGCGAACUACAGUAACGAAGCAAUACGUGAAAUCCCGCCUAGCCGACUUAAAAGAUGAUGAAAGACACCAGUUGACAAAUAUUGAGGCAAAGUGGAUGAGAAGACGUAUGUUGCUGUGCAACCGAUUCAAGCCACAACAUGCCGCUUUAUAUAAGCCAUUAUGGGAUCUGGUUGAAAAAGACUCUGUUUUCUUGGCGUGGAUCCAUGGCAUCAUAGAACCUCUGGAACACAUUAAUAAGAGAUUGGGUCGCUCUACCAGUAUAGAAGAGUUUGAACAAAUGGAGCCUUCGCAAGUAUUUGAGAUUAUUUUAAAAUCUGAAACCGAGUUCCACACUACUGUAAUUAACCGCGAAAUCAUCCCAUUCCUGACAAACAACAACCUGUACAAUUUGUUCUUGGACAGGGUGUUUUCCAAGAAUAAUUUCCCACUGAACUCCGCCUGCAACCUCAGAAUUUUCCAUCACCUGUUAACGGAGCUGCGUCAUUCAUUUAAGGAGGCCCAGUAUGAUUCACAGAUACAAUCCAGGGCAGCCGAAAUAAUUUUUGAGAACAGCUCGAAUGUACUUAUUACCUCAGGCUCGUCAGAAUUAUCCAACUUACUGUCAAGUAUCGAUGAUAAUAUUCAGGUCGAGAACUACACUAUAAAAGUUACACGUUUGAAGCACUACGCCGAAUGCAUACAGUCUGUUUACAAACGCUAUAAUUUAGAGGAACUAUACUCCAUUUCGCAGGAAGGUGAAGAGUCACAACUUGCUCAAUUCUCUUCUGUUGUUAGAGAGCAAAUGCUUUCUAACAAUACUAACAGAAAUAUAGCGGAUACUAUCUCGCUAAUAAUGGAUGUGAUGGGUUCGGAGGAUGCAACGGUUUUCACUUGCUUGUCCUCAACCCAAAAGGCAUCAGCCUUCAUUGAAACUGCUUUGGAAUUGGGUAAAUUCGAUUUACUAAAUGAAUUUUUAGUCAAAUUUAAUUCUAAUGUGGAGGAAGAUGUCCUUGUUAAGUACUUCUGGCAUUUCUUCAACAAGGCCUCAAACGGGUUAAGCACCAGACCUGAAAUGAGAAAUGCACAAAAGACAUUAAAACUGCUCAAUACCAGAAGCAACCACAAAUACAAUCACAUGACAGCCUUACUUGAAGUGGCCAAUGAGCUAUCAAAAUACUCGCUCAACUUGGGUAAAGGUGUUCCAUUCAAGCCUUCUGAUAUACUCGAUUUUAGCUCGAGACCAUUAGAACUCAUAUCACUCCUUCUGGAGUUAAAUCCUGAUCUGUAUACAGAUAUCUGGAAAACUGUUGGUAUCUUCAAAAAGCUCAAAAUGGGUUUACAAAAUACAACCUUAAGCAGUGAACCCUCUGAUGAGGAGUAUGCCAGUAUUUUGGCCCUCCACAUAGACCACUCGUUGGCCAAUAUGGAUUUUAACUUUGCACUAGAUAAAACCAAGAAGUUGCUAAAAUUGGAUCAUAUCUCCAAACAUUGGCCAACUAUAUUUCAGGUCGGUAAGUUUAUCGAUCCUCUCUGGCCGGAUGGAGAAGCGCCUGUUGAUAUUUUGGCUGUCCAGAUGGACAUUCUUGGAGAUUUGUUGCAUGUAUGUCCAGUUGAGGAAUCGGAAGCGAUCGUAUCUCAAUGGAGUGCAUUGGAGCUGGAAUUAAUAACACGAGACCCGAUUAACGCACAAUAUUCGGAGGAUGGCCUUGGAGAAUCUAGUAAUUCAUCGCAAGCUAAUGUGUUAUUGAAUGGGGUUUCUAGUAAAUUUACUAGCUUACUUUCAGGAAGUCGACGUUGA